UGCUCAAGGAAUGGGAAGUAAUGUCCACAAACAUAACAAACAAGCAUAUUUUUGGCUUGUGCUCUUGUUUGUUAUACUAGUAGUCUCGCUAUGUGCUUUCAUUAUCAUAGUCUUUAAAGAUGCAAGGAGAAAGAUGUUUCUGUGUGCUGCUCUGAUCAAGCAGAUGGAAUUAACUAAUCAAGCAGAGAAGAAAAGUAUAACCAAGAGUCUAGCAUUUGCAGCUGCAAGUCAUGACAUUCGUAAUGGUUUUGGAAAUAUAACUUGUAGGAUAGACAAUUGUCUUGAGGAUGCCUCCCCAGAGCUUGCAAAAAACCUGAAGCUCAUCAAUGAAGAAAUCAACGGCCUUUCAGACAUAUUACAUUCUGUUCUAGACGCGAGCAAGAUUGAAGCUGGUAAAAUGCCACUCAAGGUGGAAGAGUUUGAUCUAGCAGAACUCGUAGAGAAUACAAUUGAUUUGCAUUAUCAUAGAGCCAUAGAGAAGGGAGUGGAUUUGAUACUAGACCCUGGUGAUGACUCUCUUGCAAAGUUUCGGUUGGUGAAGGGUGACAAAGUGAAAAUUAUGCAGAUACUAAAUAAUUUGAUUACAAAUGCUAUCAAGUUUACCCCAGAAGGCCACAUCUCUGUCAAAGCUUCUGUAAGCAAACCAAGUAAAGACAAUGCCCUUAUUGGUUGCAAUCGGCAUAGUCCAUUUAACUGCUGGACAUGGUUGUGCACCAAGCAAAAUUGUUGCUGCAAUACUUCAAACGAAUUUCCAGCCAUUCAACAGAAUCCCAAUUGCAUGCAAUUCACAUUUGAGGUGGAUGACACGGGCGUGGGGAUUCCUAAAGAUAAACAAAAGUAUGUCUUUGAGAACUUUGUUCAGGUGAAAGAAGAAACAACUUCUGGAGUAGAAGGUUAUGGCUUGGGACUAGGCAUUGUUCAAUCUAUGGUACAUCUGAUGGGGGGAGAGAUCAAGAUUGUUGACAAAGACGAUGGAGAAAGAGGCACUCGCUUCCAAUUCAACAUAUUUCUGACUACCUGUGUUGAAGCUGAGGAACAAGAAAACAGUGCGCAAAAUCAUGGUCUUCGAAAUUAUCUUUCCCAUCACUUGGGAAUGCAAUUUCGGUCGUCUCCACCUAGAUCGGAGGGAUAUCAUGUUGUCCUAUUCCUAACUGGAGAAAAAAGGAGAAAAGUUUUAAGCAGGGUGAUUGGCAACAUGAAUAUAAAAGUUUCAGAGGUGAGGAGAAUCAACGAACUUGCUCGGUUGCUUGAUAGAAUAAAGAGAAAUUUAGACCUUUCCUCCUGUUCCCUUGAGAAAUAUGCGUUAAAUCUGAACCUAACCACCGAUGAUACAAAUGCUGUGGCGUCAGACACCAAAGACACACAUGAUCAUGUCAUCCCUCAUUUGAAAAGGUCUAUAUCCUAUGGCUCAUCAAACGUCAUCCUUAUAAUCAUUGAUUCUCAGGCUGGACAUCUCUUAGAAUUGAGUUCAACCGUGGUGAACUUCAAGAAAGAUUUGCAGAAUGUUACUUGCAAGGUUGUGUUGUUGCAAGAUCAUGUUAGGCCACAAGAAAACAGGCAUCCUCCGUUUGAUUAUGCUUUCCCGAAACCAUUACAUGGCAAACGUUUACAUGAAGUGCUUAGACUUCUAUCUGAAAAUCCAAACAGUCCAAUCCAACAUGAUAGGAAUAAGACGAGUCAGGAAAUCGAAUGCCAAGAACUCAAGGAGAUUGUGAUACCUGAUGGUAACAAAAAUAAUACUAGCAAGGACUUAAAAGGAAAGAAGGUUUUGGUCGUUGAUGAUCAGCCCAUUUUGCGCAGGUACGCCUCCAGGGUUCUUCAAAAAGAAGGAGCAGAUGUUGAUGUUUGCGAGAAUGGACAAGAGGCCUUUUAUAAAGUGUGCAGAUCUUUGAAUGACACGCUGGAAGGUGAAGUUGACAAAAGCUAUGAUUUUAUAAUGAUGGAUUGCGAGAUGCCAGUUAUGAAUGGGUAUGAAGCAACAAGGCUAAUACGAAUGGAAGAGGAGAAAAGGCAUGGUAUUCCCAUUCCCAUAAUUGCACUGACUGCCCACACUCUGGAUGAUGAGAUGAGCUUGCAUAUUAAGGAAGCUGGAAUGGAUUUUCACUUGACUAAACCUCUAAACAAGGAUGUGUUGAUGAAUUUGUUAUCUGAUUUACUAUAGCCUUUAGUUCAGAAAAAAAAAGAAAAGGAAACUUGGACAAUGGCGUCGCUCUUGCUUGGGUUAAUGAUAGAUGGUUGCUAAGUAUCAAAUUUUGAUUUUGAUGGUUGAGAUUUGUUUCAACUAUUAGAUAAUUUCAAUUGUAGUACAUAGAACAAGUUUGAUGAUUUUAAGCAAGUUUGCACACACAUUCUUGCAACUUUUACUCAUAGCCAUCCUGUGUCUAAUUUGUCAUCCAUUUGAACAGUUACAUGAAGUCUACUGAAAAAAUAUAAAUCUAGAUAAGUGAUAACAACAGGAUACGCAAAAGAAAUCCAAGAUUUGCAGUUUCCUCUUCUUGUGCUCGUUUUUCCUUUUGAUUUUCUUUUGUUAGUUUCAAGUAUUUAAUUGAGAUGAAUUUAGCACAUUGACUGAUUCCUAAUAUUAGAUUGUUUCUUAUUUUUUGUUCUUCCUUUAAUCUGUUAUUUAAAAAAAAAAAAUUAGGUAAGAUAAACCAUUUUCAAGUAUUUAAUUGAGAUGAAUUUUGCACAUUGACUGAUUCCUAAUAUUAGAUUGCUUCUUAUUUUUUGUUCUUCCUUUAAUCUGUUAUUUAAAAAAAAAAAAUAGGUAAGAUAAACCAUUCAUUGUAUGUUAGCGUAGAAGAGGACGAUAAAUGAGUAAACUCAAUAUUUUUUCCAAAUGUUGCAGAUCCCUUUGUUUAUAAUAUAGUCAGUCUUAUGUAGAUUAAAGUUCUUUAUUAAUUUAAACAACUUUCAACCAUCAAAUGGUAUCGAAUAUUGAGACAAACGGGAUGCAACUCUAACUGAAGACAAAAUGAUGUUGAUACGUGAUUUAGAGGAACGGAAAAGAAAAGGAGAACAAGGAAGAUUUCAUUGCCUUGUCCAACCUAAUAGCGAGCAAGCAAUAAAUGCAUGUCAACUAAUCCAAUAACCAUAUGAAUUAAUAUGAUCCAAAAAAAUGUAAGCCAGCUAUCUUCUAUUUUCGUGACAUGUUGAGAUGAUAGUGAAAAUUGUACUUAUUAGUAGUUUCCGAACAUAAAGAGACUUUAGUUCAUUGCUU